AUGUAAGGGCAAAACCGUCAAUUCAAAUCAUCUCCUUAAAACACUCAUUUCUUGAAUUCUUUCUUGUUUCACUAAACACUAGAAAUUCAGCAAAUCGGCGGCUCCAUUUUUGAUUAAAGAAAACUCAAAUGUCUGAUUUUACUCUGAUCUGAUCACCGGAAACUACCAAAAUCAUCACUUCAAGAAAAGUCAAAAUUCGAUUCGGUCAACGUUAAAAUUUCAAUUCAUUUCCUCUUUUUCGAUUACUAAGAAGAUAUAAUCUCUCAUCGGAGAAUUCUUGAAAAAAAGAUAGUUUAAUUUUCUGGAUUUGGUGUUUAGUUUUCCACUCUAGUUCUCCAAUGGCGGCUCCAUUUUUCAACACUCCUUUCCAACCUUAUGUUUAUCAGAGCCCCCAAGAAGCUGUCACGCCUUUCCAGAUUCUGGGUGGAGAAGCGCAGAUAGUUCAGAUUAUGCUGAAGCCACAGGAGAAGGUUAUUGCUCGGCCAGGUUCUAUGUGUUAUACAUCUGGAUCCAUACAAAUGGACAAUCUUUACAUCCCUGAACAAGAGGUAGGAGUAUGGCAGUGGCUAUUUGGGAAGACUGUGACCAGCACUGUUCUCCUUAAUUCUGGUUCUAAUGAUGGCUUUGUUGGAAUUGCUGCUCCGUCACUUGCUAGAAUUCUACCGAUUGAUCUCGCAAUUUUUGGUGGAGAACUUCGAUGCCAGCCGGAUGCAUUUUUAUGCUCCGUAAAUGAUGUCAAAGUUACAAAUAUAACUGCUGAUCAGAGGGCACGUAAUGCUGUUGUUGGUGCAGAGACUUUUUUGCGGCAGAAGCUGUCAGGACAAGGACUUGCAUUCAUUAUUGGGAGUGGAUCUGUUGUGCAGAAAAACCUGGAGGUUGGGGAAAUACUUGCAGUUGAUGCAUCUUGCAUUGUUGCCGUGACAAGCACUAUCAAUGUGGAAGUUAAAUAUAAUGGUCCUAUGAGAAGGGGUGUUUUUGGGGCGGAUAACCUAGUGACUGCUGUUCUAACGGGGCCAGGGAUUGUUUUUAUUCAGAGCUUGCCCUUCUAUAGACUUUCUCAGCGUGUUGCAAGGGCGGUGACAGCACCAAACAUGAGGGAAAACCCCAAGUUCUUCAUUCAGUUAGCCCUUUUCUUUUUACUCGCGUAUGUUGUUAUUGUAUCAUCAUUGUUAUUGACUGAUGUAUAACAUAGGCAAGUUUUUUAGUGUCCUCCCUCCCAAGUAAUUGUUCGCUCUCCCCAAUUUCCCCCUCAGUUAUACAUGAUCGAUGGCCAGAAGUAGGAUACUAUAGAAGAUUUGUUCAAUAACUUUUGUUAUCAGUUUACUUACCUACAAUCUCUUGUAACAUGGAGUACUUGGGAUGUAAAGUCUUUCCAAUUCUGGGAAAUGGUCAGAGAUAGUAAUGUAGUGCUCAUUACUUUGUACCUUUUGAGCUGUAUUGAUAAUCAUAGAAUUUGUACGCAGAGGCAAUCUAGAAAAAUUAUUGAA